AUGGGUGGUCCAGGAUGUCUCAGGCUCACGACACGCACACCCUUUUCCGCGACCGUGCCAGCGGAUCGCCGGGGCGGAGUUGCUGACAGCAUUUCCGGGUCCGACGCCGACCGGUCUUCCAUCCGCACCCACGAUGUGGUUUCCGAGAAGAAGAACCUCGACAGGUCCGACGACAGCAGCGAAAAGGCCGAAGAGACGGCAGAUGAGUCUGAGGAUCUCGGCGAGUACCCCCAGGGGCUUCGCCUAACAGCCGUCGUCGUGGCGCUCGUCCUCAGCAUCUUCCUGGUCGCUCUUGAUAUGACCAUCGUGGCUACCGCCAUUCCCCGAAUCACCGAUCAGUUCCACAGCCUAGGAGAUGUCUCCUGGUAUGGCGCCGCUUUCUUCAUGACCAUUGCCGCCUUCCAAUCAACAUGGGGCAAGGCAUACAAGUACUUCUCGCUCAAGACCUCCUUCCUCAUCGCCAUCGCCAUCUUCGAAGUCGGCAGCUUGAUCUGUGGCGUCGCCCCCAACUCCAACACCCUCAUCGUCGGCCGCGCCAUCGCCGGCGUCGGUGCCGCGGGUAUCGGUUCCGGCGCAUACACCCUCAUCGCCGUGUCUGCUCCUCCCCAGCGCCGCCCCAUGUUCACCGGCAUCAUUGGCGCUUCCUACGGUCUCGCUAGCGUCGUCGGCCCCUUGAUCGGUGGCGCUUUCACCGACCACGUCACCUGGCGAUGGGCUUUCUACAUCAACCUCCCCAUCGGAGGCGUCGCCGGCGCCAUCAUCCUCUUCUUCUUCCAAACCCCGCCCGCCUCCGUCCCCGCCGUCGCCACCCUCAAGGAAAAGAUCCUGCAGAUGGACCUCGUCGGCGCCGCCCUCAUCAUGGGUGCCGUCGUCUGCUUCCUCCUCAGCCUGCAGUGGGCCGGCGCCACCAAGCCCUGGGACUCCUCCGAGGUCAUCGGCCUGCUCGUCGGCUUCGUCGUCAUCACCCUCGCCUUCGCCGUCUGGGAGUGGUACCAGGGCGAGCGCGGCAUGCUCAACCCCCGCAUCCUCGGCGACCGCACCAUCCUCGUCUCCGCGACCUACAUGUUCUUCUUCGCGGGCGCCUACUUCGUCCUCGUCUACUACCUGCCCAUCUACUUCCAGUCUAUUGAUGGCGCGAGCCCCAUCAACUCGGGUGUCCGCAACAUCCCCCUCAUCUUGGCCGUCACGCUGGCCACCAUCCUCUCCGGCGUCUCCAUCUCCAUGAACGGCAUCUACACCCCCAUCCUCGUCGGUGGUGCCGCCGUCGCUGCUAUUGCCAGCGGUCUCCUCUACACGCUUGACAUCGGCACCGGCUCCGGCAAGUGGAUCGGUUACCAGGUCCUCGCUGGUCUCGGAUCUUCCCCCGCCACGGCCAUUGUUCUCUUUUUCCAAACCAUUGGCGGCGCCUUCUUCCUUUCCGGCGCUCAAUCCGCCUUCAUCAAUGAGAUGGUCAGGAAACUCGCCACCACCGCGCCCACCGUGAACCCCGGUCUCGUCCUCCUCACCGGCGCCUCCGACCUGCGCGCCGUCUUCUCGCCCGAGGAGCUCCCCGGCAUCCUACAGGCCUACAUGAGGGGCAUCAAGCUCACCUUUGCCCUUGCCCUCGCCGGUGUUGGUGUCUCGUUCCUCAUCAGCCUUGGCAGCCGGUGGUCGAGGCUCAACCCCAAGAAGAUCCAGGGCGGUGCUGUCUAA